AUGGUAACAGCUAUCGAUGCUGCCACAUUCGCGGUCGCAAUCACGGAGACAUGCUCCACAGGACUCACGCUUUAUGCCGCGACGUCAUGCCUCUUUGGAUGGGCAAGACAUGAUCCAGGUCCCCCUGCUUACGUACCGAAGCGAAUGAGAGGAACCAAGCCACUCAAGAGGUGGAUCCGAACCAAACUGAAGUUGGCCAUCAAAGAGGCAGGGCGAAGUGUCGCUCAGGUCGCAACCAUCCUAUCAGUCAUGACGUGCCUGGCAGAUCUUGCCAUUCACGACGCAGCCGACCAUAGAGAGUCACUUGACGACGACGACGAUCCAGAUGGACCCUACAACCAGGCGGUGAAGAAGAGCACCAGAAGGACGCCGAUCACGCUGUGGGAUGCAAUGGUUGCGGAUCUUCCGCCUGAACCGACCAAGUUUGAGUUGUUCUUGAGGUUCCUGAAUGCGUUGAAGGGCGGUCUAGAGAUGUCGAUCCGAGAACAGAGUCCCGUGGUGGCUUAUCAGCUAGUCAUGAUGUCAUUGAACGGGUCGUUCAACCACGGCACGUCAGACCACCAGUUUGACACCGACUCUGUUCUCAUUGCAAUUGACAAUUGCUCAUCAAGAUGCAUCACGAACUGCAUGUUGGACUUCAUCGACAAGCCUACCGCAGUGAAGAUAUCGGUGCAAGGAAUUGGUGGAUCUGUGAUGGCAACGUACAAGGGUACAGUGAGGUGGUCAAUAGAGGACGAGCAGGGCAAAGUUCACCACUUCACCAUUCCGAACACCUACUACAAUGCGUCCACGCCGUACCGAUUGCUGUCACCACAGCAUUGGGCGGCAGUGGCAGACGACAACACGCCAAAGAGACGGGGCACUUGGUGUGCCACGUACCAAGACGCAGUAGAGCUGUUUUGGCAGCAGCGCAAAUUCAAGAGGAUCAUUCCUCUAUCCCCAACCAGCAACAUCGCAAUCGUGAGAUCGGCACCGUCAUUCACUAAGCUGCACGCUUUCUGCUCGCAAGUGCAAGAGACAUGCAAGGACCAACCAAUCGACGAAUCAGAUCUGUUCUCGAUGCCAGCUGUCGAAGUCUCAGAUGACGAGGAUUCAGUGAGCUCGGACGAGUCAGACAACAACAUGCCAGCUGCCCGAUUGCAUCCGGACAUUCCGACAGAAGCAAUGCAUCAGAAGGAGUUGAGCGAGGAAUUCCAGAAGAACAUGACAAGAAGCUUUGUCAUGGGAAAGGACUUGCGAGGCAUCAGCCAGAUCCCCGUGGUAGAUCAUGACUACACGGAGUACAAGUCUCCGAGAGCCGAUAUCCUGGCCUGGCACUAUAGGCUGGGGCACAUCUCUUUCGAGAGAAUCAGAAAGCUCGCGGAAAGAGGGGCACUUCCAGCCCACUUGAUCAAGGCCAGAGCUCCACAAUGUGCAAGCUGCAUGUUCGGCAAAGCAACAAGGAGACCAUGGCGGACCAGAACCCCUCCCAACAAAAUUCAAACGCCAUCUGCGAACGGGUCAGGAGACGUUGUCGGUGUCGACCAGUUGAUCUCCGCGACUCCAGGAUUCAUUGGACAGAUGAGAGGUUUGUUGACUCGAAGAAGAUACACGGUCAGCACUGUCUUUGUUGAUCAUCAUAGUGGGCUGUCGUACGUGCAUUUCCAGACGUCGACGUCCGCGGAACAGACCAUCUUGGCAAAGAGAGCGUUCGAGCGAUACGCUGCAUCUUUCGGUGUCAAGGUGAAGCAUUACCACGGUGACAAUGGGAUUUUCGACAGCAAGGCUUUCGUCCAGGAAGUGCAUCGCUGUGGACAGACCAUCACAUAUGCCGCAGUCAACGCUCAUCACAUGAAUGGCCAUGCAGAGAAGAAGAUCAGAGACCUUCAGGAAGCCGCCAGGACCAUGAUCCUGCACGCCAAGCAGAGAUGGCCCAAUGCAGUCACUGCCAAUCUGUGGCCAUUUGCGAUCAGGUAUGCGAACGACAUGGCAAAUUCCACACCCAUCCUCAAGAAAGGGGAUCAUGCCACUCCGUUGGAAUUGUUUUCUGGGGUGGAUGUGGAGCCGAAGGUGAAGAAUACGCACACCUUUGGUUCACCAGUGUAUGUCCUUGAUGCGAGAAUCCAGCAGGGGCAACGGUUGUCGAAGUGGGAGCACAAGGCGAGGAUUGGAAUGUACCUUGGAAUCUCUCCACGGCACUCGAGAAAAGUGGCGCUAAUUCUUAGCCUACAAACAGGCUUGGUCUCUCCGCAAUUCCAUUGCCAAUUUGAUGACCUCUGUGACACACUGAAGAGGAACUCAGGCAACAAGCUGCCUCCAUCAAAGUGGCAGCAGAAGGCUGGUUUCGAAGAAGAUAACGACGAUGAGCCGUCAUUGUCCAGACGCGCUCGAACAACAACAAGAUUCGGAACAGUUUCCGAUGGAGGAACGAGUGCAAGAUGA